UGACCCUCGGUGUCAGUCUAAACUGAGUUCUUAUAAAAAUUAGUGUAUAAGAAGUGAAGAAAACACUUGUCAAAGGUCGCUGCGAUGGAGACUGUGGGAAUGCAGCCCCUGCGAUGUAAGAUGCGACAGUGGUGCAUUUGCUGAGAACAAGGCUUCACUACUCCGAAACCACGGAAGUAAAUCAACAAUGUCACCUUUAAUUUGACCAGGAUAUUUCAAAUUUCAUCGUGGAUUUUCAGUUCUAAUACAGAUGUAAAUGCUAUCUUGUAGUAGCCAUGAGAAAGAGGGCUUUUUGUAAAGGUGAAGUGAGUGACAGGGCCUAAAACGGAUUUAGGCCAAUGACUGCUAAUUUAUACGUUCCCAGUUGAAGUAAGUGUGAUGUGAAUCGCGAAGCGCCUUUGGACGUCCAUCUUUCAUUAGACAAAGCCUUUAAUUGCGUUUUUCAUCGAGCUUUCCAAUGAUGUGCACAUAAAUGUAGCAAGGGAAUCUUAUCACAAAAAGCCAUCCAGAUCUGGCUUCUACGAAUAUUGGGAAACUAAAUAAAAAGGCUUCAGCCAUAAAGUAGAGUAUGUCCCAUAACAAACUUACUGAAGAGACAGAGUAUUUGGCUGAGAGCAGUACAACUUGUCAAGGAGAAGAUGAUGUAUUGAACCGAAGCAUUGUUGAAGAAAAUAGUACAUUGUUAUCUAAAAAUAUAGAUAAGCACAGUAAUGGGGAAGUGACAGAUAGAGCUGAAGAGUCUAACCAUUGUUUUCGUAAUGAGGAAUACAACGAGAACUGUGAUAAAACCUUGCAAAGCAAGAUGGAGAAGAACUUGUAUCCUAAUGUACUUAUUUCUCCUUCAAGAGAUCACUCAGACAUCGACACGGAUGAGGAGGACUUCCAAAUGAGAAAAAUGACAAACCAUAAAAGAAAUGAUAGUGGUCAGGGGUCAAGCAUUACAGAUGCCAGUUUGAACACAAUUCAGAAUGAUUUAAAAAGACUAGACUUAACUGAUGAAGAGAUUCAUGGUGUAGAAUCUGAUGAAAAUUCAUGCAACAAUUUAACAGAUUCCCCAAGGACUCUUAUACCUUGUCAAAAUCCUAAUAGUGGGGUUACAAAUAAUUGUCUUGAUAAUGAUGCUUCAGAUACCCUUUCGAAUCUUGAAGAUGGCAUGGAAAGUGCUCUGCCAAAAGCAAGGUUUUCAGUAAGUGGUAAAAGCACCAGAUUAGGUCCUGAUUCAGCUGCAAGUGCUAGUUUUGAUGAAAAAGACUUCACAGAUAUACCCCUUGAUUCUCCGGGAAAUAAACAGAACAUGAACACAUAUGCACCAAGACCUGGGUUACAGGGUGGAAGUGCCACAUCUGAUUCAACUGAUGAUUUGAGGAAACCUUCUGUAACAGAUACCAAAACAAAAUCAGGAUUCAGAUUGUUUCGGAAAGAUUCAGGUAAGUCUUGGAAAAUCUUUGGGAACCAGCCAAUCAAGGUUCCAACAAGCCCGCAAAAUCAGGCACCCAGCAAGCCAAAGCCAAGUGCUAAAAAACCAGUCAUGGCAACUUCCACAACUGCACUGAUCUUAGAAAAUCGUCCUGCAAAUCUGCCACCAAAAUCUGCUAGAGAGGAGCAGCGUCAUAAGCAGUUGUAUGAAGAGAUGUUAAAAGGUGCAAAGAAGAAAGAGGAAUCUGAUUUGCACAAAGAGUUGAAAAAGACAAAACAGCAAAAGCAGCAAGAGAAAGGAAUUGUUGCUAUUCAAAGGAUAUGGAAAGAAGAUGUCAUCCCCAACUGGGAUGCUGUAAAAAAUACUAAAAAGGUUAAAGAUUUAUGGUGGAAUGGAUUACCUUCUUCAGUAAGAGGAAAGGUUUGGAUGCUGGCAAUAGGAAAUGAUUUGCAUAUUACUCCAGAAUUGUUUCAAAUACUCCAAGCACAUGCUGUUGACAAGCUUGCACACCAAAAAUCUCAAGAGCCUGUAGCAACCCUCCAUGACAGUGAGAGCUCUUUGGUUGUCAGCAAAGAGAAUACAGUUGGCCUUAUAUCACUGGAUGUUGCCCGAACAUUUCCAGCCCUUUGCAUUUUUCAGAAGGGAGGACCCUACCAUGACUCAUUGAAGAACCUCCUUGGUGCAUACACGUGCUACCGACCAGAUGUUGGAUACGUCCAGGGAAUGUCCUUUAUAGCAGCCAUGCUAUUGUUGAAUAUGGAUACAGUGGAUGCCUUCAUAUGCUUUUCAAACCUAAUGCACAAACCAUGUCAAAUGGCCUUCUUCAUGGUCAACCAGCCUAUGAUGGAAGCGUAUUUCAGUACAUUUGAUGUCAUGCUCGAAGAAUGUGCACCCAGAAUUCAUUCUCAUUUCCAAAGGGAAAAAUUGAGCCACGACAUUUACUUGAUUGACUGGAUUUUUACGCUGUAUAGCAAGUCACUUCCACUAGAUAUCGCUUCUCGUGUGUGGGAUCUCUUCUGUAGAGACGGAGAAGAUUUCUUAUUUAGAACUGCGUUAGGGAUCCUGACAUUGUUUCAAGAGACCUUGUGUAAUCUAGAUUUCUUUCACCUGGCACAGUACCUUACCAAGAUGUCAGGCGAGAUAAAUUCAGAUAGUCUAUUUCAAGCAAUUGCAGCCCUGAACUUCAAUAGACAGAAAUUUCAACAGGUGUUGGCUUUUUAUAGGAAUCAAAAUUCACUUGGAAACACGAGGUAGGCCACAAGAUAUUAACCUGGAACUUCAGCAUUUGAUAGGAUUUUUGUUAUAUGGUGGGAAUAAACCGUGUAAUUUUUAAGGGUAGACCUAGGGCUUGCAUCUCGAGAUAAUGUGUAUUACACAUAUUGGGUACCAGCUCUGAUGCUGUUGCAUUUUCAUAUUCUUGCAACAUAAUUUCGCUUUUUUAGAGGUGGGGAGAAAUCCGUCUUUUAUCUGAAAUUAUACGCGACGAAUAGCCUUUGCCUUACACUCUUUUAUGUAUAAGAAAAAUUUUAUAAGAACACAAGCCUCAUAAUUGAUCGAAAGUUAAGAACAAAUUAAGAACAAGCUGAGGCUGAGCUUCUGCAAAAUGCAACUUUGAACAACGUUUUAUCUCGAAAACUUGGAUUUUAGCCAUGUGUGGGUUUAGCUUUUUCGGUGAAUAUUCAAAUUUGUCAGCAAAUUAAGGCUGCCUCACUCAUUUUGUUGGCAAAUAAGGCCUGAACACCACCCUAGAGCGAAAAAGCUAGCACUCGCACUGCUUGCACCCUAUUAGAUUAAGAACAAGUUAAGAACCAUCUAGCCUCUGAUUUUCGAAAAAAAUCAAGAACAGUCAGCCUGAACUUGAAUUUACUGGUUCUCAUAAAAAAGUGUAAUCGGGGUAAAGCGAAAAUCGCCAACUUUGGUUGCAUGAUAAAUUUUGUAUUUUAGUUUCUAUUACUUAAAGUCUGAUGAUGGAUUUGACCUGAUACAAUGAGCUUGUAGGUUAUCAAACCGACCUAUCGAGUGGUCACUUUGUGAUUUAUAGCUGUCUGUACCAGAUUAUAUUUACAUUCACAUGCAAGGGUGCAAAACCUUUUAAGUGUCUCCUUAAACUGUUCUGUCACCUUCUAUAAAAAUGGCUUCGCAGUUUCAAAGGCUAUCCCUCCUCGUUUUGCGAACAGCAGCAUAUUUUUAAAUGACCAAGUUUCAUUGGCUUUUACCAGCUGCUCUAUAAUUUGAGUAUAAUUAAAUACUCAUAUCAAUUUACAGUGAUGCAUUACCGCAAACAGUAAAAUCAGAUUUUUGACUAGCAAAUAGUCUAGGGUUCGAAGAAGAACUCCGUUUUUGCACAUCUGCUUUCCUUAGCAGUCGGAUUAAUUACCUCGCAGUGACAGAUUCAUUGCCGCAUAGUAAAAUAAAUGAAGUGGCUACUAUGUUCCAGCAGUAAGCUCUCUCCUGAAGAAUAGGUUUUCUCACGAGGGUGUGUUAGAUCUCAAUAGUGUUCAAUUCAAAUCCAAUUAUAUUAUUUCUCAUUUCGACACCAUGCCAAGAAUUUGAUCUAUUUUGGAUCAACUGAGGUUGGUUUACAUUGCAACCUCGUCCCCUUUAAUGUAAAUUGCGUUUCCUAGAAUAUUUCUUGAAAUAGUAACACUAAAUAGUUGUGAUAGACCGCCCUUUGUAUUUUAUUAUAUCUUUUUGAGAUUUAUCGCAGGGCCGUUAGACAUUAGCUAAUUUAUAUAGUGUUUUUGUGCUUUAUUAACUAAAACAGUGCGGUCAUACGCAUUAACGCUCCAACCCCCUAACAUCAGUUUUACAUGUAUUUUCAGAUGACAUCGAUUUAGCAAGAUAUGUUAGUUGAAAAAGUUGCUUCCCUUGUGUAUCGCAGCUCAGGCAAUUAUAUAAAUAAAGAAAUAAAGUCCUUUUAUACAUCGUUUAUCACUUUUAAAAAGGGUUUUAAUGGAACUAAUUGAUGCGUGGAUGCAUCUUCCAAGUUUUAGUCGGGGUCUUGGGAGUCAUAUUUUCCAGCUACUUUAUUUCAUAUCAGAGUUAGAAAAAGAAUUUUCGGCGUUCUGAAUUAUUAUGUACAAAUAAACGGUUGUCUGCAGAAGGCAGAUAACAGUAGGAAACAUUUUUGCUUAAUUCUAAUUAGUUUGUGAUAAAAUUUGUAAAAAUUAUAGCAAUUGAAGAUUAUUAUUAGAUAAAUCGAACUGGUGAAAAAAUAA